CAGCGAGAUAUGGAGCAAGGUACUUUAGCUGCUGCUUUGCUGAUUUCCUGUGUUGGUUUCUUCGUCUGGUUCUACCUGAAAAGUCGACAUGGUAAUGGUGAGUUUGUUCCCCGAAUGUAUCCUCUUCUGGGAACAAUGCCUCAGCUGCUGAAAAACAAGGACAGGAUUCUCAAAUGGACUACUGAGUACCUUGUCAAGUCUCCCGGACACACCACCACGUUGAAGCGAGGAGCGAAGCCCUUCAAGCUCACGUCCAACGCUCAGAACGUAGAGUACAUCCUCAAGACCAACGUCGACAAGUAUCCAAAGGGAGACUAUAGAAAACUUGCGAGUUACGAGGUCUCUACACGACUACCUCAUGGAUUCUGUGGCCGAGAAGAUUGAAAAGAGGCUGCUU